AUGAAGAUUGGUGUGGAACCGUAUGAUGGAAUGAACGCCGAUCAGAUUUCUUCUCAACUUCAAGUCUUUUGGGACCUGGAACAUUUGGGCAUUACUGAGAAUUAUCCGCCUUUCAGGGAGAUUGAUGACCCCGUCCUCAAGGGUUUUCGUUCAUCAGCCAGGCUCCAGGAAGGACGUUAUGUCGUCCGUCUUCCCUGGGACACUGAGAAAAGUCACAGGUUGGCGGACAAUAAGACGCUCGCACUUCAGCGUUUGGGACACAUCACCAAGAAACUGUUACUGGAUUCAGCGCUUAUGGAGGAGUAUGAUAUGACGAUUCGCCAGUACUUGCUAAACGAUCACGCAGAACACGUACGGGAACCUGAGUCUCCGGUUUCAGGACCGAUAUAUUACAUGCCACAUCACACCGUAAUACGAAGAGACCGAGAGACGACAAAAGUGCGCAUCGUUUUUGACGCGUCAUCGAAAAUGCCUGGUGAAGUCUCAUUGAACGAAACUCUCCAUGCGGGUCCUGACUUGAACUCUGAUGUUUUAGACCUUCUCAUGCAGUUUCGUGCUCAUCAAAUCGCGCUCACAGCGGACGUUGAAAAGGCAUUCUUGCACAUCGCUUUGGACCCAUGCGAUCGUGACGCACUACGCUUUCUCUGGUAUGAGACAACUCCGAAAGCAAGCCAACCUUUGCCUCGAGUGGAGACUUGGAGGAUGACACGGGUACCUUUCGGGGCAAAGUCCAGUCCUUUCCUGUUGGCCGUGUCGAUUACACAUCAUUUGCAGUCGGCUGCGGCACAGUGUCCUGAAACCGCGGCUCUUCUGUCAACUCAUUUUUAUGUCGACGAUCUGGUCGUUGCUGUGGGCUCGUCUCAGGAAGCAAGUCUCCUGUACCGUCAAGCGCGAGACAUCCUUCUAGAAGCAGGAAUGAAGUUAGUCAAGUGGACCAGCAAUGACAUGAAACUGCGGACUUUAUUCCAAGACGAGGGCACAACUUCGAUGUCUACUACUCCUCUAAGGAAAGUGCUCGGGCUUAAUUGGGAUAUAGACUCCGAUGAGAUUCAACUAUCGGUGAAGUCGCUGACUGAGUUUCUCGAACGACGAGCCGACACGAAACGAUACGUACUGCAAGCGGUUUCGCGCACUUACGAUCCGUUGGGUUACGUAGCACCAUACGUCAUAACAGCUAAGAUAUUGCUACAACGCAUCUGGCUGGCUAAGUUGCAAUGGGACGAUCAGCUGCCUGAAGCUCUGAUGAACACAUGGCAUAGGUGGUGUCAAGAGGUGACUAUGCUUUCCGACUUCCGCGUACCUCGAAGACUCUCUGGCGCUUCAGCUCCUCUCCAGGAGAGUACACAGAGUUUGCACGUCUUCAGCGAUGCAAGCACCAAGGCUUAUGGAGCUGCUGUCUAUUUAGUCUUGCAGAGUGACGACGGGAACAUCGAAAUAAGUAUCGUUUUGGCAAAAGCCAGAGUGCCCCCUUCGGAACCUUGA